AUUUUGGGUUGCAGGAUGCAGACCUGCUUCUCCUCCAACUUCACCUGAACUAUUAUUCGAAUCUGGAAACCUGCUAUAGUGCAUACGCUCUUGCCAAUACCCGGGCCCUAAGGAGUGAAGACUACACCUAUCAAUAAAAGCGACUGCCAGAAACCAAGUCAAUAGAUCCGCUCGAGUAUCGUUCAGGCUGAGUCGGUAUCUUCGACGGACAUCGUUCUCCAUGCAUUGAGAAACCGUUAAUCGAUCCUCGCGGGGCACCGCUCCAUACCUCUGCCGUCAUUGUUGGGAUCUACGUCGUUGAAAAUGAAGUCUACAAUUAGACUGGCCUUUGGCCUGAGCAGCCUAUUCUUCAAAUUUGCGAUUUCAGCAGUGCCAUACAACCCCACUAGACUAUAUAUCUCAUCGCACAAUGGUUCUGAGAUUGUUUACGCAAUUACACCAGCAUUAUCCUCCGGCUCUAGUUUCGAACUUCUUGCACUUAAUGCGACGGAAUCGAUGAAUGCUUCAGCCUUGCCUUACAAGGAGAUCUCUUCCUCCCUUCCUUUCCUUGACAACGGAAAUGAUGUGAAUGUUUCUUUCAUUCCUUCGGUAGACGAUCGAGGCGUCAUAUCAAUAUUUUCAGGGAACUGCACUGCUGGCGCCGAGGGUUCAAGUAUUUGGCGAUACAUUCCAAGCUCAACAUCAGGAACCGAUCCGGGAACAUGGGUGAUGGAUAGCGUCAAUCCCAAAGCAGCGCAGGGCCUUGGAAAGCUCACCGGAGCAAAUUUCCUCUCAGCUGCCAUUACUUAUUCGAGCACGGUGGAUGCCGAUGACCCUUCCAUGUAUGUUUUUGGUGGAAUGUGCCCGAAUUCAUCCUACCCUGGAUCUGGACAGUCUGCGGCAGAUUAUAGCAACAACAUGGUGAUACUCUCACCUAAAACUUCGGACGCAUCGUCAGAUUCAGUACAAUAUGACGAGGACAUUGCCAGUAGCCGUGAUCUUCCAAUAGCAGAAGCCGGAUUUACCAUAACUCCAUUGCCGCCAUCCUUUACGAACACAAGCAGCGGAACCAGAAGCAAGCAGCAAGAUUUUGUACUGGUUGGCGGUCAUACAAAAUCCGCCUUCAUAAACAUGUCACAGGUCGCACUUUUCUCACUACCACAGGAAGGAUGGACGUUUAUCGCAGUCAAUUCACCCUCAGUCGACGCCGAAACAGAUCUAAGCGUCCGCGAUAGUGUCGUGGUUGAGCCGAGAUCCGGCCACACCGCUACAUUGACUUCGGAUGGGCAGAGGAUUAUUGUAUUUGGUGGCUGGGUAGGGGACACUAACACUCCUGCAGAUCCCCAGCUUGCAAUACUUAGUAUCGGUGAAGAAUAUGGUGGGGCUGGCAAUUGGGCUUGGGAGAUCCCGUCUGCGUCAGGUAAUGGAUUGGGGACUGGUGUCGGUCUUUAUGGGCAUGGAGCGGUUAUGCUACCCGGAGACGUCAUGAUGGUUGUCGGAGGUUACCCAAUUUCAACAAAAACGGGCCGCAGGGAUGUUUCCCCUACUGAAAACACGAACUCUUACUUUCUGAAUGUGACGUCCAUGGAGUGGAUUAGCUCGUACACUCCUCCUGCUCAAGCGCGGCCUAAAAAUCCGGAAUCAUCGAAGACGACUGGUCACUUCUCUACUUCGAAAAAAGCGGGUCUUGGUGUUGGCGUCGCACUCGGGGUCAUUGUGGCGAUUAUCCUGGCUUUCCUUUGCUUAAUAUGCUGUCGAAGAAGGCAACGUCGGCGCAAUGCACGGAAGAGGGAGCUUGAAGAUUUCAUGAGGGGAACGCGCUACAUGCCAUUUGUAGGAUCUUCUGUGGCCGGCGGCUUCGAUGGUCGCGGAGGUCAAGCUUAUAUACCGCCAGCAAUGGAACAACAGCGAAACAUUAUGCUAGAUGCGGCUUAUCCUUGGGCAAACCAGCCUCACGAGGGAGCAUUCGGAGGAGGAUCUGGGUGGAGGGAGAAUCGCGGAACGGAUGUAGAACGAACGGGGCUCCUUCUCGACAUACCUAGUCCGACGCGAGGCCUACGAAGGAAUAUGCAUUCUCGAGCAUCCCAUCAGUCGGCUUCCUGGCAUGAGGAUAAACGAAAAAGCCAAGGAUCAAGCGGCAUUCAUCCUAUCCAGGAAAGAGACGAAGAAGAGAUGGCACCUGGGACGGCGGACUCCGCUAUGUCCGCCUCUGGACUUCUCGAAUCCUCGGAUCCAGGCAUUAUAGCGACUGCACCCGUUCUCGAUCCUUUUGGUGACCCGGCUCCUCUAGGCAGCCAUCCGAUAAUCAAUCGAGCAUCUCCCACGGAUUUUGAACGCCGGAGAGAUAUCGAAGGAUGGGUCAGCGACUGGGCUGCGGCAGAUACUAUCCUUCUCAACCCUGGUCGUGCCUCUCCAGAUAAGUCUGACCGGACCUCAUCCACACUGAGCGACCAGUCUGCACACUCAGUGAAUUCCGUACAUUCCCACCUCGCAAGCAGCUUGGGCCGAAGCGUCUCAGUUCGUUCAAACGGGAUCUUCUCCCGGGGCAACACUUUUUCGAGCCACAGCACAUCGCCUACGUUUGACCGAUCAUUUGGACGUGUUUCGCCCACGUUCAAUCGAAGAACACAAAGCCUAUCUUAUGCUCAACGACCAGAAGCAUCUAAAACGAAUGAUUCCUUUACGACCGCGCAAACGUCAUUUUCAUUAUUGCAAACCGAAGGCGAAGCUCUCCUCGGAGAGCAUCGUCCCGACCAUUAUGAUCACUCAUGGUCUGACGCACCGAACAAGUCAUCUCGCCGAACGGGUUGGAUGGGGUCAAUGCGCCGCGCUCUGCCAUUUAUAGGUGGUAAUGGGGAAAGCAGCAGCAGCAGCGGCGGAGAUAACAGCGAUCGCAGCAAUUCACUCCAAUCACUAGGAGGCGGACGAUAUUCCCCUGCCAAAAAUCAUCAACCACCACGAUACCAUGAUCACGAAGAUAAUGUCCAGUCAAACCCACUUCUUCCUCGCCGCGCAGCAAGUGCCUCGGCCGCCUUGUGGCAACAGCGCCGCCAGGGAGCUGCCGAUUGGGAUGUCGACAUUCCUCGUCGAAGAACCAGUCAUGCUCUCGGCACCAACAGGCACACUCUGUGGGACGAAACCGGAGAGGAGAAUGAUGACGAAGAAUGGGAUAUCGAAGCUGCCGUUGAGAGGCGAGUGGUUCAAGUCAUGUUUACCGUGCCACGGGAGAAACUUCGAGUCGUCAAUGCAGAUUCGGAUGGUCUCAGCGUGAGUGAAGUUGGUGAACCCUCUUCAAGUACUGCACCAGCAGAAAUGAGUGAAUCUAAAGGCAAGGGAAAGGCUGAGACAUAGUUAUUUAUUUCCCCCCUUAUCUUCUCUUCUUUUCGUGUCUUUCUUACCUUGUUCAUUUGCAGUUCUUCAAGGCUGACUAUCUCGCCUUUUCCGUUUCCUUUGUCCGUUUGCCAGUUUAUAUAUUCAUCGCCCUCAAGGUCCCGUCCAUUUCCGAAGGGUAAGGGAGGAAGGAGUAUUUUCAAAUGCCGAUUUUCGGAUCUCACAAUGUUUCUAGAAGGAGUUUAGUCGCGAGUGCAGCUGAUUGAUUGAGGCCAUGAUUUGGACAGAUUCUCG